CCAGACGGCCGCUGGGGCUAGUCAGCCAUGCAGGGCUCCCCCCGAAGGCGCUCGGCAGUGAGUAUUUUUAGCAGCUUUUUCCAGGGUCGGAGGCAUUCUUCCUCCGAUCCCCUGCUCCGCAUCCUCCAGCGGCGCCGCAGCUCGGCUGUCGAGGUGCUUUCCUCAUCCACUCACCGGGUCAUGGUGGCCGUGUCAUCUCUCAGCCCUGAGGAGCUGGAUGCAACUUUUCCUGAAAAAAAAAGAAGUUCGAGGCGUCCAGCAGCAAAGUACACCAAGGUAGGGGAGCACCUUCGCCAUGUCAUUCCCAGUCACAUGCAGUGCUCUAUGGCCUGUGGUGGACGUGCUUGCAAGUAUGAAAACCCAGCUCGAUGGAGUGAUCAGGAACAAGCCAUCAAAGGGCUUUACUCUUCUUGGAUAACAGAUAACAUACUGGCUAUGGCUCGACCCUCAACAGAAUUAAUUGAAAAGUACAGCAUUAUUGAACAGUUUGAAAGAUCUGGCAUAAAAACCAUAAUUAACCUCCAGCGUCCUGGGGAGCACGCGAGCUGUGGGAAUCCACUGGAACAGGAAAGUGGCUUCACCUACCUUCCUGAAGCUUUCAUGGAGGCUGGAAUUUACUUUUAUAAUUUUGGAUGGAAGGAUUAUGGAGUGGCAUCUCUCACUACUAUACUUGAUAUGGUCAAGGUCAUGGCUUUUGCCUUGCAGGAAGGGAGGGUAGCUGUUCAUUGCCACGCAGGACUGGGGCGCACAGGUGUUCUAAUAGCUUGCUAUUUAGUUUUCGCAACAAGAAUGAGUGCUGACCAAGCAAUUCUUUAUGUCAGAGCAAAAAGGCCUAAUUCCAUUCAGACUAGAGGGCAGUUGUUAUGCGUCAGAGAAUUCACUCAGUUUUUGGUUCCCCUGAGAAAUGUAUUUGCUUGCUGUGAGCCCAGGUCACACACAGUGACACUGUCCCAGUACCUGACCCGUCAGAGACAUCUGCUCCAUGGCUAUGAGAGCAGGCAUCUCAAACAUGUGCCAAAACUUGUUCAUCUAGUCUGCAAAUUGUUGUUGGACUUGGCUGAAAACAGACAAGUGGUCGAGGCAGAAUUGUUGGACAUACCAGAUCUCACUGCAGAAAUCGAGAAGACUGUUUCUCAGCUGAUGUCCACCCAGCUGGACAGAGAGCUCGCGAGGCAGGACAGUGACACCUCAGACUCCUCCCACACCCACUCGUCCACCUUUGAGACCCAGGAUUCUCUUUUCUCUCUGGGUCAUGAAUGUGAUCCUGUUUGGAAGAGAAGGAAUGCUGAAUCUCUGCAGCCUUUCACUCAUCAUAAAAGGCGUCUAAGCUAUAGUGAUUCAGAUUUAAGGAGAACUGAGUUUCUCUUAGAACAAGGAGAAACUGCCUGGACGGUACCUGCUCAGAUAUUACUGUGCAGCAAACUGAAGGAGAACAGCAGUGAGGAAUGUUCCACAGAGAAACAAAAGCCACAGUUGGAUCUAAACAAGGAAGCAUUAGUGCGUAACACGUGCAUGUUCUGGAGUCAAGGGAGAUUUAAUUUGGAUGGACAAAAAGACGAAUCCUCAUUUUAUCACAGAAGGAACUCUACCAAAGAAGUACAACGCAGCAGAACCUUUGCUUCGGGUCUAGCAUCCAUCCACAAUACCAAGGAUCCUGGAAUGCCAAGGCAUCAUUUUCCCAAUGAGAGUGCUCAUAUAAAAGACCACACAACCAAUAUGUAUAGCAGAAGAAGCUAUGUCUCCGAAGCCUCUGAUACUUCUUCUUCUUCUUCUUCUUCUAAAGUGAACUUUUCCAUUGGAUACGAAAGCCGAAGUGGCAGAGACGUGUCAGAGGCAAUUCCACACAUUGUUCUGCAGUCAGAAUUAAGUUUGGAAGCCCGAAGAGUUUUGGCAGCAAAAGCACUUGCAGAUAUAAAUGAAUUUCUGGGAGAGGAUGAAGUGAAGCAGAAGGUAGAAAUGUGGCAGAAAGAACUGAAUUCUCGAGAUGGAGCUUGGGAUAAAAUCUGUACCGAGAGAGAUCCUUUCAUCCUCUGCAGCUUGAUGUGGUCCUGGAUAGAGCAGCUGAAAGAACCUAUUCUAUCAAAAGAUGAUAUUGACAUGCUGGCAAAAAAUUGCACAGAAUCACAGGAUGCACUUUACUUACUAAGAAAGGAGCAGUGUCAGACUAUCCUUUGUAUUUUACACUGUGUGGUGAACUUGCAGAUGCUUCCAGCUGAUGUGGAGGAGGCCUUACUUGCUCGUGCUAUUAAAGCUUUCACUAAGACAAGCUUUGGUUCUGACAAUGGACCCUAUGUUUACAAUACCUUGAAAAAAGUAUUUAAACAAACACUGGAAGACAAAAGAAAAAGGCUUAAGGAAGGAACAGAGAAUCCCUCUUGA